AUGGUGCUGUUGUUGCUGUCUGUCGUUGCCCUCUCCCUCGGCCUGGGAAUCGCGCCGGUGGCCGCCCAAAACAACACCAAGCACCUGGACUACGCGUCGUACCGCGGCUAUGAUCAGGCCAAUGGCGUCUCGUUCUGGAAGGGGAUGCGAUAUGCUGCUGCACCCACGGGCAGUUUGCGCUUUGCCGGGCCCCAGGAUCCGGACGUUGAGGUUGAAGUGCAAGAUGCUACUACUGAUGGCGCCCGCUGCAUUGCUACAUCUACUUAUCCCAUCCCCAGCACCCAGUCGGAAGACUGUCUAUUCCUGGAUGUCUUUGCGCCCACGAAUGCCACUGACCUGCCGGUCUAUUUCUUCAUUCAGGGCGGUGGCUACAACUCCCUAAGCAACGCCGACUAUGACGGCACCGGUUUAAUUGAAGCUUCCGGCUACAACAUUGUCGUCGUCACCUUCAACUACCGCGUGGGCCCGUAUGGAUUCCUGGCUUCGCAGGAAGUGGAGGAAUCGGGUUCUUUGAACAAUGGGCUCAAGGAUAUGAUCAAGGCUUUGCAGUGGGUGCAGAAGUAUAUUCACGCGUUCGGCGGUGACCCUGGCCAUGUCACCAUUGGAGGCGACAGCGCAGGCGCAGGCGCAAUCACCCUCCUCCUGACCUCGUAUGAUGGAAGCGGCAAACUGGACAACCUCUUCCACGCGGCGGCGGCCGAAUCUCAGUCCUUCGGACCGCAAUUGACCGUCUCCCAAAGCCAAUUCCAAUACGACAACCUCACCGAACGCACCGGCUGUGCAGACGCAAGCAACACCCUCCAAUGCCUGCGUGGCCUCGACAUCGACACUCUCCAACAGCAAAAUAUCGCCACCCCCUUCCCCAAUGGCGUCGAUGCACCUUUGUACCCUUACAGCCCAACAAUCGACCACGACCUAGUCUCAGACUACACCUACGCGCUCUUCGGCGCGGGCAGAUUCAUGAAAAUCCCCGUCAUAUUCGGCGACGACACCAACGAAGGCACCAUAUUCACGCCGCACAGCACAUCCAGCGUUGCCGAAGCCGAUGUCUUUCUCCGCGACAAUUUCCCCGCUUACACCGACUCCCAACUCGCCACCAUCAACUCCCUAUACAUGUCCCAGCCGGAUGCAGUCGUCUACCCAAACGCCGGCACCUACUGGCGCGGUGUGUCCAACGCCUAUGGCGAAAUCCGCUACAUCUGUCCUGGCAUAUACAUCUCAACAGCCUACAACAACUUUUCUACCUCCUCGUCUAGCGACUUUGUGCCUAGUUGGAACUACCACUACGCCGUCCUCGACGACUCGGCCAUCACCAGCGGCUACGGCACCCAGCACACAAUUGAGAUCAACGCUAUUUGGGGCCCGGAGUAUGUGAGUGGUUCCGCACCGGCAUCGUAUUCUACCACCAAUGCUGCGAUUGUGCCUGUGAUGCAGGGUUAUUGGACUAGUUUUAUCCGUGCCUAUGACCCGAACACGUAUCGUGCCCCCGGGUCGCCCGAGUGGCGGCCCUGGGGUGCUGACAAGCAGAGGCUUUUCAUAAGGACAAAUGAGACGCAGAUGGAGACGGCGGAGGAGGCGCAGUUGGAGAGGUGUGAUGUUGUGCAGGGGAUGGCGGUUUUGCUGGAGCAGUAG